AAUCCCAUUCUCCCACUUUCAUUAGCCUUGUAAAAUUCCUCUCUCUCCCUCCCUCCCUCUCUCUGGUUCCUCCCUCUCUCUCUCUCUCUCUCUCUACUGCAAAUGUCUCAAGUUCUCACAAAAUCUCCCAAACACUGUGCUGACAAAGGAUUGAAGGUCAACAAGUUCUACAAGAAGCUAUUCUAUUUCUUCUCCACCUUUUUUCUCUCAAUUCUCUCACUCAUCUUCCUUGUCUGGUUUCUCCUACACCCAACCAAGCCUGAGUUCUCCCUCAAAGAAGUCGAUAUCUACCAACUCAACCUCUCAGGUCCUCACCUUCUCAACUCCUCCAUCCAACUCACUUUACUCUCCAAGAACCCAAAUGAGAAAGUUGGCAUAUACUACGACAAGCUACAAGUCUAUGCCUCUUACAAAGGUCAACAGAUAACUGCUGAUACUUCUCUUCCUCCUUUCUAUCAAGGGCAUGAAGACAUCAAUUUGCUGACGGCAUCCUUGGUCGGAGCCGGCCUACCUGUUGCCGCAUCUUUCGGUUACGAAGUGGGGCGUGAUCAGACAGCGGGGAAACUGGUUUUGAGUCUGAAGAUGGACGGAAGGAUUCGAUGGAAGGUAGGGACUUGGGUUUCUGGAAGGUACAGAAUUAAUGUCCACUGUAUUGCUGUCAUGCCCUUUGGACCUAGCAUCCCAUCUGGUCCAUUGAGUUCAAAGCAAGGGACUCAGUGUUCUACUACAGUUUGAACUACUAAGAUUAUUGAGUAACAUGUUAAGCAUCUAGUGAGCUAUUUAUGCAUGGUUUAAUUUUUGGCUGGUUUGUGGCUUGUUAAGUGUUUUGCUUGUUAAUGCUUGUAAAUUAAUGAUAUCUGAAUGAUAGGAGUGAAAGUUAUAAUCAUAAUGAUAAUGGAAAGCUAUUUUUUGAUUGUUUUUCUUA